CAGCUGUUGCUCUUGUCUCUGCAGGCUGCUGAUGCCCUCGCCGUAAGGCAGAAGAGAAGGAUCUAUGACAUCACCAAUGUUUUAGAGGGGAUUGAUCUCAUUGAGAAGAAGUCAAAAAACAGCAUCCAGUGGAAAGGGGUAGGUGCUGGAUGCAAUACAAAAGAAGUCGUGGACAGGCUGAGGUAUCUUGAAGCUGAAAUUGAAGAUCUAGAGCUAAAAGAGAAAGAAUUGGAUCAGCAGAAACUGUGGCUACAGCAAAGCAUCAAGAAUGUUAUGGAUGAUUCUACAAACCACCAAUUUUCAUAUGUCACCCAUGAAGAUAUCUGUAACUGUUUCAAUGGCGACACACUUCUAGCAAUUCAAGCACCUUGUGGUACACAGUUAGAAGUACCCAUACCCGAAAUGGGCCAGAAUGGACAGAAGAAAUACCAGAUCAAUCUUAAAAGUAGUUCAGGACCUAUCCAUGUACUGCUUAUAAACAAAGAAUCAAAUUCCUCCAAGCCCAUGGUGUUCCCAGUUCCUCCACCUGAUGACCUUGCACAAACCCCAUCUCAGCCUGCAGCUCCAGUGACUCCCCUUAAACCUACUCCAGCUACUGAAAAUCCACCAGAACAUGGUCUUAACCAGGGACAACAGUUGCCAGAAACAACAGCAGACACACCGUCAGAAAGCAGUCUGCAGCAGAACAGUACAACUCCAGCAACUCCUUAUUCUAGCCUUUCAGACUCAGUGUUGUACCCCAGCCUUUCAGGAGAUGUCGCCCAAGCUACAGCGAGCUCCAAUGACUAUCAGGCUUUGCUCCCUUUGGAUGUUAACUGUAUCCUCAAGCCAAACUCGUUUGACAUAGCAAAGAUGGAAGAGUCCACAGGAAAUAUCGGUGGGGAUAUUAUUGACGAACUUAUGUCCUCUGAUGUUUUUCCUCUCUUACGACUCUCUCCUACUCCUGGAGAUGACUACAACUUUAACCUGGAUGAUAAUGAAGGAGUCUGUGAUCUCUUUGAUGUGCAGAUACUAAAUUAUUAGAUGUUAUGUCAACCAGACUACUUAUCUACCUCUAACGAUAACAUUCUAGACUUCUUCAUAAUCUAAGUAUUUGAAUAAUGAAUGUAUAACUUCUUAGUUCACUGACUCUGGGAGUAUAUUUCCUUUUGCUUCCUUUAACUACUUCACAAAACAAAUUCAACCACCUGGAAAAAAAAAGUAAAGGGCUUUUUAUCAGAAUCUUGGCACAUUUUUCACCUGGGUGUCCAACAACUUUGUAGUUUUCUAAGGAAAGCAAAAAAUGCUUUAUAGCCUUCUGAUCAUUUUUUAUCUUAAAAUGAUCAGGCUUUGCUCUCAGUUACCAGCAUUUUCUUUGAAGCUUUACUGCCGAAAAGCUCUCAAUAUAUUAUAACGUUUUCCCAUCCACUUUGAAACUUUCACUGCCAAGCUGAGAAGUGAAGGAUAUCAACUUGAGUUACGCUUGAUUGUUUCAGUGAACCAAUUUUGUGAAGUGCCUUCUGUUUUAGCACUUUAAGUUUCUCACACUGACUUCUGACAUUCCACUUUCCUAGAUGAUAGGAAAGGUCUGUUUGUAGUUUGUAUUAAAGUGUGCCAAUACUUGUAUAUUAACAAGAUUUUUUUUUUUAAUAAAAUUUUACAAACAAA